AUGGAACAGUGCAUAAAAGAACUACUUGCACUACUCUCCACUAGCCCUUGUAUCAACUGCUACAUUCAGAGCAAAUGUUGCGGAAGUGAAAAAUUGUACCAAAGCGUUAUAAACACAACCAUCCAGUCCUUGAUUGCCGAUCAGGAUGUUGGGGUCUCAAGCGGUUUGCCGAAAAAUUUGGUGAAAGUUGGUUUAUUGUACGACACCAUUUACAAUCGAUUGCACACCGGCCAGUGGCAAGAAGUUCAGCCCGAGGAAAGGGAAAUAUUCACAAUAUUGUCCUACAUAAGGAUUGUUCACAUAAUGUUGGCUUCAAAAGAACCAGAAGUUGCGCUGAAGGAUGGAACGUAUCUGGCUGACUUGGGACUGAUGCUGGGGGCAAGGAUAGCGACAGCAGCAUCAAACGAUCUUCUAACCGAAGCGGCUACCAUUUUGACGACUCAUUUGUCCAAAAUAAACUCACGGAAACUACCUUUAAAACGGCUUAAAGUGAGUGAAGCUAUCGACGAUGCUGAUACCGUACACAGCGAUAGCGAUGUGCCGGUACUGGAAUGUCCCUCGUUAGACUAUUUCAGAACACGCUGCUACGAUUGCAAACAGCCCGCACUUUUGCGAAAAGUUAUUGACGACUGGCCAGCCGUGCGCCGGUGGCACGAUCUAAACUACCUGCUCAGUGUUGCCGGGGAACGGACAGUUCCCGUAGAGAUCGGUUCGCAGUACAGCAACGAAGACUGGUCCCAGAGAUUGAUGAAGUUUGGCGAAUUCCUACAGCAAACGCUGUCCAACGAUCUGGACGAGUCCACCGAUCCGGUUGCUUAUCUGGCACAGCAUGAUUUGUUCGAUCAAAUUCCGGCCCUUCGGCGUGACAUCGUCGUGCCCGAUUAUGUUGGCCGCACGGACACUGCUCCACGCAUCAAGGCUUGGCUCGGUCCGCGGGGAACCGUUUCGCCGCUACACACCGAUCCCUGUCACAACCUGCUGUGUCAGGUGUUCGGCAGUAAGCUUAUCAUUCUCGCACGACCAGAAGACACAGAAAGCCUGUAUCCUCACGAUCACUUUAUACUGAACAACACGUCCCGAGUCGAUGCCCGGCAUCUGGACUACGAGCGCUUUCCGUUGCUGAAGCAGGUACGCUUCUACCGUCUGACGCUGCGCCGUGGCGAAGCGCUGUACAUACCACCAAAGUGGUGGCAUUAUGUGGAGUCCCUGUCACCGAGCUUCUCGGUUAGCUUUUGGUUUGAAUGA